AUGACCAGGAAACCCUUUGAAGAUAAUGUGAGCAGGGCGCACCUGGAACUUACCGCCAUGUUUGAAGCCCUUAGCCCCGAGUACCGCGGUUCGGUCGUGAUGCGGGCGCUGCGAGCCAGGGAUCACGUAUCCACCGACUCCGGACGCGCGCUCGAUUCAGCCAUACGCGGCAGCAUACGCAUGGUAGGUUAUUCCAAUCCAGCAUUGGCAAUUUCGUCUGCUCUUACGGAACCGGUAAGCAGCAAUAUAGGCAAGUCUGAAAAGCUUGCCAUUGCCACCCUGCGAGUCUGGGCAGAAUCCAUGGAGGAACUGGAGAAGCUUGUUUCCGGUCACCUCGCUUCCCAGGGCUUGCCCACCGAAUACCCGGACUUUGAAAAUAGUCGAUUCCGUGGCUUUUGGGACGAAGACACUUGGCAAAAAGAGUUAGACUGGAUCGUAGAUCUUUCUGAAAUCUGGAGCGAAGAAGACGUCGCCCUGAUGCUUUGUUACGUUUCCGGCAGGACGGUAGUAAUGGACGAAGACGACGACCGAGACAUUGGAACUGACAGCUUCGUUGAAAUAUCAAGCAUCAGGGACAAGCCGGCGAUGGUCGAAGCGGAGAAGGAGCCUGAGCCCGAAGAAGAGGAGGCUCCGGUCGUUGAGCAGGCGCCACAACCUGCGCCACAACCUGCCCCGGUUCCUGCGGCUGUCGUUCCCCCCCAACGCCCGCCCAGUGCCCCUGCCGCGAUAAACGGACCCGCCAUUCUCAAUCAAUGCAUUGAUUACUUGAGCUCCCUUAGUCCCGAGGACUGGAACUGGAACGAGGCUGUGCCUGCCUUUGUGGAUGCCGUGAGCAAUAUCAGGUCACUGAAAUCGGCGCAACGAGAGCGCCGGUCCAGCCUGGUGGCGGCCCACAGCGAGAUAACCCAGGAAUUCUCCGCAGACCUGGAAUUCCUGGAACAGGAUACAUCCUUCUGGAGCGCCCAGGGAUUGACGGAACUCUCCGAACUGGACCGUACCCUUGAGCUGGCAUCAGGCCUCAGGAACCUCCUGAACGAGUACCGGGAAGUUCGCCGGCCUGGAGCGACUCUUUCUGAAGAGUUGGGCCGAAGGGAACGUCGCUUUGCCCUGGAACCCCGUAUUCUCGACACCAUGGGGUUGAUGCGCCAGGCAAUGACCGGCGGCAGGGGGUCAAGAGGCGGGGCUACUGGUUCAGAUGCGGACAGCGGGGGCGACAGUUCGGAACCCUCGGGGUUACGGAGUAGCAAUAACGGGCAGACCUCCGGCGGCAGGGAAAACUACCAGACAGAGUUGACCUACGAACCGCUGGACGAUGGUAUCGUGCCUGAACCUGGUGAUUAG